AUGCCAUCUUCGUCGACAGUGCUAGAUGAGCCCUACGAAAUCGUGGCACAAGUCGGCGAGGGUACGUAUGGCCAAGUUUACAAGGCCAGCGCUGGGAGGCAUGGUCGACUUGUGGCGCUCAAGAAAAUACGGAUGGAAAAUGCUCGAGAAGGUUUCCCGGUGACAUCGAUGCGAGAGAUGAAGCUACUUCAAGCUCUACGGCACGAAAAUGUCAUUCGACUUCACGAGACGAUGACGAGUCGGACAGGGUCCGUGUACAUGGUGUUCGAAUACAUGGAGCAUGACUUGAAUGGAAUCCUUGUGCACCCCGAUGUGGACUUUUCUGCAUCCCAUGUCAAGUCGCUUGCAUCGCAGCUACUCCACGGACUGGCGUACUUGCAUGGACGAGCUGUGCUACACAGAGACUUGAAAGGAUCCAAUCUCCUGCUAAACAGCCAGGGCACUUUGAAAAUUGCGGAUUUCGGCUUGGCACGCACAUACUCUAAGCGAAAACCCGGCGAUUACACAAACCGGGUCGUCACACUUUGGUAUAGACCCCCCGAAUUGUUGUUGGGCGCGACGCGAUAUGGAGCAGAAGUGGAUGCUUGGGGCGCCGGAUGCCUAUUUCUCGAGCUGUUUCGUCGUCAAGCUGUUUUUCAAGGGCGCGACGAGAUUCAUCAGCUCCAUGUAAUCACGCAGACUCUGGGACCAUUGACAGCGAGUGCGUGGCCUAGUUUACAACAUCUCCCUUGGUACGAGCUGAUGCGCCUGGAAGACAGCAAUCAUGCCGACACGACAAGCGCACCUGUAGCGACAGCGCUAACAAACACCAACGAUACCCCAACGGAUCACGACCGCGAUGUAUUUGUGCAACAGUUUGGCUCCGUUCUUUCUCAUGGCGCCAUGGAAUUGGCACGUGGUCUCCUGACGUACGACCCGGACCAGCGAUGGAGUGCAAAUGAUGCUUUAGGAUGCGCCUACUUUACUACUGAGGCACCUGUGCCUGAAAAACCUGCUCAGUACGUGUCUAUGAAAUGUGAUGUCGACCGCUGUAUUAACCAACAUUCCCAGGCUUUUAGCCACACUCGAUGGCGAAUGGCACGAAAUGCAGUCGAAACGUGCCUUGCGACAUGCCCAAGCUCAAAUGCACACACAUGCGCGCAGCGAGUCUCGACCACCUUCCACGUCACACGCAGUACCCCACAUGCCGCCGGAGCACGCGUAGACAUCGGUGGUGUUUGGCCGUCGGCGUGA